GUCUGUGGUAAGGUGGUGGAGCGUCUCUCCCCGCGUUUCCCCUUAUGCCGUUUACAUGUGGAAAAGAGAGACGGGGGAAAAAACACAUAAGCUUCACCCUGUUUCGGAUGAGGGGCACAGACACCGAGGCACGAUCCGCGGACAUGGACCUAAGGAAUAUUUAACAUCAAACAUGGACACUACGGGCUCCCCGCGAUGACUGUGCUAUCGCUCCCGGUGCUGUAAGGAACUCGGCCUCUUGGACCCAGUUUGGGAGCACCGACCCUCCUUUAUCCCUUCCUUCCCCACAGCCCCUCCCCUUCCUCACCCUCAGCCAAUCCUAGCCACAGGCUUCCCCACAUGUACUUUGUCAGUAAUACGGGAGCACGUAAGCAUUCUGAUUGGGACAAGUUGGGACACUGUGAAGAAACGCAAUUGAGAAUAGAAACAAAGUAUAACUAAGCACUGGGAGAAAAGACAAAGGCAUUAAAUGAAGGAAGAGAUCUAGACAUGACCAAAGGAAUGAUAUUUUUGGAAGACUGAAGAUAUAAAGAUUUAUAUUUUGUACGUUGUACUUUUCAUAAAAAAAAGAAAAAAGAAAAAAUGAAGCAUACAUGUACCCACAAGUGAGUGAGUUGAAAGAGUGUUUGUCAAAGACUCAAUCAUAAAAACGUUCAAGCACCCUGGAACAAAGAGAGCCCCCAAGGCACGGAAGACAGGCGUUUUGCACCUACAAUCCCCUAAUUCAGCCAGUUUUCUCACUCAACCUGACACACACGCCACGGUCUCAUGAUGAUGUGCGAGGUGAUGCCCACCAUUUCGGAGGAUGGGCGCGGUGGGGCUGGUGGGGGCCCCUCCUCUCCUGCGGGGGCUGGAGUCGGGGGCCCUGGAGGUGCAAUGGGAGGAGGAGGCUACGGCGGCAGGGAUCCCAAAGGUGGCGGAGAUGAAGGGGGCAGCACGGGGAACCUGGAGUCACUGAUGGUCAACAUGCUGACAGAGAGGGAGAGGCUGCUGGAGAGCCUGAGGGAGACCCAGGAGAGCCUGGGCACGGCCCAACUCCGCCUCCGCGAGCUUGGCCAUGAAAAGGACUCACUUCAGAGGCAGCUGUCCAUCGCUCUGCCACAGGAGUUUGCAGUGUUGACUAAAGAGCUGAACGUUUGCCGGGAGCAGCUUCUGGAAAGGGAGGAGGAGAUUGCUGAGCUCAAGGCGGAGAGAAACAACACACGUUUGUUGCUGGAGCACCUGGAGUGUCUGGUUUCUCGUCAUGAGCGCAGUCUGAGGAUGACGGUGGUGAAAAGACAAGCCCAGUCCCCAGCAGGAGUCUCCAGUGAGGUGGAAGUCCUCAAGGCCCUCAAGUCCCUGUUCGAGCAUCACAAGGCCCUAGAUGAGAAGGUUCGAGAGAGGCUCCGUGUGGCCCUUGAGAGGGUGUCCAUGUUAGAGGAUCAACUCGCAGCAUCUUCUCAAGAGGUAAUCUCUUUAAGAGACCAAAUUAAAAGACGUCAACAAGGGUUGGACAGCGGGAAAGAUCGUCUACCGAACGGUCCUUCAUCUGGUCUGGAGGAGGGAGAGCUGGACAGACAGAGAGAAGGAGAGAUAGAGCGCCAGAGAGCUGAACUCUCCCAGCUGAAAGAGAGGCUGGCCCUCAUGUGCCGGCAGGUUGGGGAAAUAGAGGAACAGCUUGCGGCCGCCAGGAGGGAGGUGACGAAGUCGGAGGAGGCCAAUCAGAAGCUCCAAAGGGACGUGAAAGAGGCUCUUUGCCAAAGGGAGGAUAUGGAAGAGAGGAUUACCACACUUGAACGCAGGUACCUGAGCGCCCAGAGGGAGGCGACUUCUCUCCAUGAUAUCAAAGACAAGCUAGAAAAUGAGUUGGCCAGCAAAGAGUCACUGCACAGACAGAGUGAAGAGAAGAACAGACAGCUCCAAGAGCGUCUGGAUGAUGCCAAGCAGAAGCUCCAGCAGACCCUACAGAGGGCUGAGACACUGCCUGAGAUUGAGGCCCAACUUGCCCAGAGAGUGGCUGCCCUCAACAAGGCAGAGGAGCGCCACGGAAACUUUGAGGAGCGACUACGGCAGAUGGAGGCCCAACUUGAGGAAAAGAACCAGGAGCUACAGAGGGCGAGGCAGAGGGAGAAGAUGAAUGACGAACACAACAAACGCCUCUCAGAUACAGUGGACAAGCUGCUGUCUGAGUCCAACGAGAGACUGCAGCUCCACCUCAAAGAGAGGAUGGCCGCCCUGGAGGAGAAGAAUGCUCUUUCGGAGGAAUUGUCCAAUAUGAAGAAAAUCCAAGAUGAUCUUCUAGCUAAUAAGGACCAGCUCCUAGCUGAGCUGGAGCGAAUCCAACUGGAGCUGGAUCAGCUGAGAGGCAGGCCUGGCUCCUCCUAUUCCAGGUUAGCCACAAUGGACCUUGAAGGGGCGGGCAGCGUGAGCUCACUUCCCUCCACCCUUUUUCGAAGAUCUCUUCCAGGGAGCGCCUCGGAGCUGCGGUACCCCCAGGGUGGUGGCUCGCUCCCGGCCGGCUACGGCAACUCCUCUGGUGGGGUGGUGGUCAGGCGGGCGCACCGCGGCCGGUGGGGGCCCCCUAGGGACGACAGCGGCAAGUAUGGUGAAUGGGACAGCAGCACGAUGCUGGGUCCUGGUUUUGAGGGAGGUGUGGAGGGAAGCUGCUCUGAUGAUGAGGAGGACAGGGAGACCCUGUUUGGCUCUGAGCUGCUCUCUCCCAGCGGACAGACAGAUGUACAGACCCUGGCCAUCAUGCUCCAGGAGCAACUGGAGGCCAUCAACAAGGAGAUCAAGCUGAUCCAAGAGGAAAAGGAGAGCACGGAGCUAAGGGCAGAGGAGAUCGAGAGCCGGGUCAGCAGCGUGGCCCUUGACGCCCCACCUCUUCCCCCCUCCUCGUUGGGAGGACGGGAUAGCGUGGGGAGAGGCUACAUGACUCCCUCGAUCACCUCCUCCACCUUGGCGUCGCCCUCCCCGCCCAGUUCUGGACAUUCCACCCCCCGCCUGCCACACUCCCCUGCAAGGGAGACAGAUAGACAGAAUAGCAAAGAGGGUGAAGAAUGCAGAGCACUAGCCCUGAUUGACUCCACCCCUCCCGCUGUUCCUCGCGCCCUCCGGUUGGACCGAAUGACCCACACUCAUCCAGGGGCUGGGCUUGAUGACCAUCGUGAAUUUCGCAGUCUGUCCGCUGAUGGUGCCACCACCGCCAGCCAGGAUUCCCUCCACAAAGCCAGCAAGAAGAAAAGUAUUAAGUCGUCCAUUGGUCGUCUCUUCGGUAAAAAGGAGAAGGGGAGGAUUGGUGGACCUGGACGGGAAUCUGCCUCUCUGGCCUCCACACCCUCUGAUGACCUGGGUUCAGCUGACCCCUUGGGCCUGGCCAAACUUGGGACUGGAACAGUGGAGAAAGACCGCCGCAGCAAGAAGAAGCAUGACCUGUUAGAGGAAGCCUGCCGUCAGGGACUGCCGUUUGCCUCAUGGGAUGGCCCAACUGUUGUCACAUGGCUGGAGCUGUGGGUAGGGAUGCCAGCAUGGUACGUGGCAGCAUGCCGUGCCAAUGUGAAGAGCGGUGCCAUUAUGGCCAACCUGUCGGACACGGAGAUCCAGAGGGAGAUUGGCAUCAGCAACCCUCUGCACCGGCUCAAACUCCGCCUGGCCAUCCAAGAAAUGGUUUCCCUUACUAGCCCCUCUGCACCUGCAAGCACUCGCUCUUCGACCAGUAAUAUUUGGAUGACACAUGCUGAGAUGGAAUCCCUCACUGCUGCCACCAAGCCAGAGCAGAAGGAGUUCAGCUGGGACCAGAUCCUAGCCUACGGGGACAUGAACCAUGAGUGGGUGGGAAACGAAUGGCUGCCCAGCCUCGGUUUGCCCCAGUACCGCUCCUAUUUCAUGGAGUCACUGGUAGACGCCCGCAUGCUUGAUCACCUCACCAAGAAAGAACUGAGAGGCCAGCUGAAGAUGGUGGACAGUUUCCACAGGGUGAGUCUUCAUUAUGGUAUCAUGUGCUUGAAGCGGUUGAACUACGACAGAAAGGAGCUGGAGAGGAGGAGGGAUGAGAGUCAACAUCAGAACCAAGAUGUGAUGGUAUGGUCCAAUGAGCGAGUGAUGUGUUGGGUGCAGACUAUUGGUCUGAAGGAGUUUGCAGACAACCUAUUAGAGAGUGGGGUGCACGGGGCCCUCCUGGCACUAGACGACACCUUCGACUACACGGACCUGGCCCUUCUCCUUCAGAUACCCAAUCAGAACACACAGGCAAGACAGCUCCUGGAGAAGGAGUACAACGGCCUCAUCUCCAUGGGAACAGAAAGGAGGCCAGAUGAGGAUGGCACCAAAACUUUCACACGCUCACCAUCAUGGAGGAAGAUGUUCCGGGAGAAGGACCUCCGGGGUGUGACCUCUGACUCCUCAGAAACGUUACCUGCCAACUUCCGUGCCUCCGCCAUCUCUACCCCUUCUGUCACCCUGAGAAAAGUCCAGAGUGAGGUGAACUCUGGUCCAAGGGGUGAGUCGGGGUCUGUGAGAACUUAUUCCUGCUAGAAGAUAAGCACACCAGAGCCCCGCCUCCAUUCUACCCCCCAAAAAAAAACAUUUUUGAAGAAUAAAAAAACCAAGAGGAUCAACAUCAAGACAGAAGAUGACCAACAUUCGAGCCAGAUGUCUCGAAGAAUCAAAGACACUGAAUGAAUGAUUUCUGAAAAGAUGACAAACUAGAAUGAGUGGAUGUCUGUUUGUUCAUGUUUUUUCUCUCUCUCUCUAUCUCUCUCUCUCUCCCUCUCGCUCUUUCUCUCUCUCUCUCUUCCCAUUUUGAUCCACAAUUGUGGCAUGAUGCUGUUUGAUGCCGUAGAAAGUGACUCCAUCGCCUAUUGUGAGUUCAUCUUCAGUUUUGAGUGUGAGAUGGCAAUAUUGACACAAUGAAUCUUUAUUUUUUAAUUGGAAAAUACAUUCCUAUUCAGAUCAAGAGAAUGAUACCCCCAUACACACACACACACACACAUGCACACACACCCUAACAGUACCAUGGUUUGCAGUGAUAAGAGAACAUACUCUGCCUAGUAACAUCUCAACACAGUACAGACAGGUGGAGAGGGUGCUACGCUGGGAGACUAGGAGUGUACAAGGGGGAAACUAAAUGUAUGUUCUUAAGCCAUAACAAACAUUAUGAAAUGCACAAAUGUGAAUAGAACAGACAAUGGGGCAAAUAGCAAAGUGCAUUAUGACAAAAUCCUGUUCAAACUAAAAAAAAAAAAAAAAAAAUGAAAGAAAAAAACAACAAAAAAAAAGUUAAGCGUUUGUGUUAAUAUGCAUGCCAAAAUAAACCAUUUUAGAGUGAAAGUCAUGACAUCAAUCAUCUAAUGAUGUGAAAGCUUGGGUAAGGAAUUUGUAAAAUGUGUGUAUUUUAUUUUUAUCAUUUUUUAUGAUAACUGCUAUUGUAUGUAUGUAUGUAUGUACAGUACGUAUGUGUGUGUAUGUAUUGAACUGUAUGUUCAUUUCAUACUUAGUUAAGACUGACUGUAAUUUCAUUUUAGGUUGAAAAAAGUAAAUAUGUUUUAAAUUAUGGACAUUUAAGAUAUGCUACUUGUAUGUGUACAUUUUGAGAAACAAAUUGUGUUAUGAUUUAAAUUCAUAUUAUUAAUGGAGAGUAGUGAUGAUAAUUGAAUAUAGUAUGAUAACAAUAAUGAUAAUGAUUGUAAAAGCUGUAAUUA